AGGUUUUUCCCACGCCCCCCAGGGUAACCCCAACAUCCUUUUGCGGCAGCAAUUCCAGGGCACCUACGGGGCAGAGGGGAAUAGCUCACAUCAGGUGGGGAACAAGAGGGGAAACUGGAGGCGCUUGGGUCGACCGGGCCAUUGUACAACAGUAAAACAAUAGAAUCUGCAGCUCAGUAACGUAGCUAUCUAAAGCACUUAGACAUUGAUUAACAUUUCUGACCAACUAACGAUUGGUAUUCAAAUCUUCUAGAGAAAUUAAAAUUAAUAUAAUUUUUACGGGCGUUCGGUAAUGUAAAUUGUAAUUUUAUAAAAAUUUUGUAGUGACUCGUAACAAGUGAACAUUUAUUCUUCGUUUUUAAACACUUUCAUAGUAUUUUGAAUAUUUAAAUGUAUAACCGGUUUAUAUUUAUCAUUUAUCAAGAGAAAGAAUAGUUAAAUGUAUAUAAGCAAAGUGUGAGAACCAUUUGGUUUUCAAGGACCUUACUAUAGUCCAUAGGUACGCUCCUGUUACAGCCACUUACGCGGUAGUAAUAACUCUACGUUGUCGUUUCGAACUUAGUUACUCGGCGAAUACCGCCGAAGGAGGUUGGGUAUUUUUCGGUCAGUUUUUUAAAACAAGUGUUCGUGAUUUGUUGUUAGGAUUGGCAGUGAAGAAAUUACAAAAGUUUUGGAAAUAAAGAAACAACAGCAUAGAUUUUACGAUUCCGCUUACAGUUAAUUCUAAACAGUGUUUCCGAAUACUCUGGUUCGAUGUUAGAUUUAAAGUAGCGCGCGCGGUCAAAUAAUGGCUAAGGGUUGGUAAGACUGUUCGGAAAAUUCGGAAAGUGAACAGGUGUUUUUUGAAUGGAUUAGGGAGAAUAGUCGACGAGGACGCAGAAGGAUUUACGAAUGGUGAACGAUCGACGAACGGUGCAAUAUUUGUGAAUAAUCGACAAUUUAGAAAAUGCAUUGGGAUUUAUGUUUUAAUUCGAGCUAUUAUAAAAAAUGAGGUGAGCACCGAAAACGUAACCUGUUUUUCUUCGCUCUAACUUUCCCUGUAUUAAAAAAGGUAAAUUGGCACAAGCAAUUAUGACAUGCAUAGAUGACAAGGAUAGCAUGCGGCCAACCUAGCAUCUUUGUUAUACCAUAAGAGAGAAUAGAACCGGAGGUUAAAUAUGCCACACCAGUUUGGUUUGCCUACAAUGGCACAUGGAAUGCAAUCUCCUCCGUCGCCGACCUCAGUGAUGUCGGUUUACCCUCGGUAUGGAUCCGGUGUCUACAGACCGGAUCAUCAAGAUCAAAGGUUGACACGCGAAGCAAUGGAGCGUUAUUUGCGCGACAGAAGCGACAUGGUUAUCGUAAUUCUUCAUGCUAAGGUUGCACAAAAAUCGUACGGUAACGAGAAACGAUUCUUUUGCCCUCCACCUUGUAUCUACUUGUUCGGGGAUGGUUGGAGAAUGCGUCAAGAACAGAUGCUACGCGAGGGUGAGAGCGAACAGUCCGCUCAACUUUGCGCGUUUAUCGGAAUCGGUAACUCGGACCAAGAUAUGCAACAGUUAGAUCUCAACAAUGGCAAACAGUAUUGCGCAGCAAAGACAUUGUACAUUUCGGAUUCGGACAAAAGGAAACACUUUAUGCUAUCGGUGAAAAUGUUCUACGGUAGCGGUCACGAUAUCGGCGUGUUUCAUAGUAAAAGAAUCAAAGUGAUCUCGAAACCUUCGAAAAAGAAGCAAUCGCUGAAGAACGCCGAUUUGUGUAUAGCGAGCGGAACGAAGGUGGCACUGUUCAAUCGGUUACGAUCCCAAACAGUGAGCACGCGUUACCUCCACGUGGAAAACGGUAAUUUUCAUGCGAGUUCCACGCAGUGGGGCGCGUUCACGAUACAUCUGUUGGACGACAACGAGAGCGAAUCGGAAGAGUUUCAAGUGCGAGACGGUUACGUACACUACGGGAGCACGGUGAAACUGGUAUGUUCCGUGACUGGAAUGGCGCUUCCGCGUUUGGUAAUUCGUAAAGUGGACAAACAGAUGGCCAGUUUAGAGGCGGACGAUCCUGUAUCGCAGUUGCACAAAUGCGCAUUUUACAUGAAGGACACGGAUCACAUGUACCUUUGUUUAUCCCAGGAACGUAUAAUACAGUUCCAAGCUACACCGUGUCCAAAAGAGGCGAACAAAGAGAUGAUAAAUGACGGUGCUUGCUGGACGAUAAUCAGUACCGAUAAGGCGGAAUACCAAUUUUUCGAGGGUAUGGGACCGGUAAGAUCGCCGGUCACACCGGUGCCGCUUGUUCACAGUUUGCACCUGAACGGCGGCGGCGACGUGGCUAUGCUCGAAUUGACCGGGGACAACUUUACCCCGAAUCUACAAGUGUGGUUCGGUGACGUCGAGGCAGAGACAAUGUACAGAUGCCAAGAAAGCAUGCUUUGCGUGGUACCCGACAUAUCUCAAUUCAGAGGCGAAUGGUUGUGGGUACGGCAACCGACUCAGGUACCCGUCUCGUUGGUACGUAACGACGGUAUCAUUUACGCGACCGGCUUGACGUUUACCUACACCCCUGAACCUGGCCCACGACCACACUGUCCGCCCGCGGACGAGAUCAUGAGAGCGCCGCGAACCAUGCACAAUCAAGCGAGCAUGCCGCCAGCGAUCGCGGACGUACCUUGGAACACGCAUCAACCACCCCAGUCGGGUCUCUGAUAUUUCCUAGACAAUUACAGUGUGCAUCACCAAAGUUUACGACCUAGUGAGACGAACGCUGUUUCGAACGUUAUUCAUCCACCGAACGAUAUUUCGAUUACCGUGGAUAACGAGUCGAUCGGCGACGAUACCAGCUCAACGACCUACGCGACGAAGAACGCGUUACUUCGAGCCGAGAGCGCGGCAACAACGUUAGACAAUACGAAGACGUAGCGAUUUUCGUUACGUCGCAAACCCUCUCGCGAAACAUAGCCCGCCCCGCGGAUAUGUAAUGUACAAUGUGCCGUGUAUCAUUUCCCUAUGUUUAUAACUACGUAGGUUCCUAGCUUUAAGCGUUGAUACAGAGCGUUACACAGGGAUUAGAAUUUAUAGCGAUCUUAGAAUUAAGAGCUUUGUACGAAUGUGAAUAGGUAAUUAUCUGACGGAACGGGGGUGGAUAGUUCUAUUCCAGCGUGUUCCGCGAACCAUCUGAAUUUACGGCUAUUUAGUCCGUGGCAAUUGCAUAUCGAUCGCUGAAAGUGAUUGUGUUAUCGAGGAAACACUAUUUCAUUUACAUUUUACACGUUUAUAAAGCUCUAUGAUCGAGAGAGAGAGGGAGAGAGUUUUGCGAUUAAGUAUACGUUUCGUUUGUCGUGAAACGUAUCCCGAUACCGAUUCGAAACACUAGGGAGAAUCAGAAUCCAUAUUUUUGUUUCAGUACCGAACUACUCGGGCUCUAAUUUUCGAGGUGCACCGCAACUCGUGCACGCGUUGAUGUAAAUUUCAUAUGAUAAUCGCGUUUGCGUAAUAACACGCAAAGUUACAUGUAAUCUCAGAGAGAGACGUUUGCACUAGUUUUGCAAAAUUAUCUGCAUGACAUAGGAAUAAUUCUAGUUUUUAACCGGGGGGAAGAAACGAGUCGCGUCUUAAGGUCCUAUCGAAAAUUACCUGCGUCAUCUCGAUUAAUUUAUCGCCUUAUUCGGGUGUAUCACGGUCUUCUUUCUUUCUUUUCUUUUUUUUUUUUUUUUACCGAUCAUUAUUUAUUUCUAUACGAUAGAUUUUAUUUUUACCGAUGACACAUCUCGGAUUUUUAGCUUUUUUUUAACCCUAGACAAAUAUCACGUUACGCACGCUUUUUAUUAAUCCCGCUCUACCUGUCGGCAUGGUGGUUUCUCGAAAUUCGCGGUACCGUUUGCAAUCACGACCAUGCGCUUCGAAAGGUACAAUAAAGGUAUCGAUGCAUUUCGGAUGGGUGAGACACAAAGAUGAACCAACGUAUAUACGUUUUUAUGUCUCUCUAUGUUUUACAAUAAAUUUGAAAGAUUUCUAUAAUAUAAAGCCUUUUGCUUUACGACCUGCACACGUUACUUCCAGAUCCCGAAAUCUUGUACGUACGUUUUCAAUUUUCGUUAACUGAAAAGGUAGAAAAUUAAUCGGUCAAAAGCGAUUCGUUUCUUGACUUCUCGACUACCGUCGAAUCGGUACAGAUUUUUCUUUUUUUUUUGCCAGAUACCAUCGAAUAUAAUUAUCUGCAACAGGAAACGAGAUAGGAUCUCUUUGGGAAUUGUCUUCCCAAAGAGAUCCAUUGUAAACGAGGAAUGUCGGUCUAUGUAUACCAUGGGAAUUUACCCACGAUUAAAAUUUGCACCGAGUACCUGAAGAAUACGAUUAUCUUUAUUCACAGUAAUAAACUGCGGAUUAUUAAUAAUUACAUCCUUACAUGUAUCAGUGGACGGAUAAUCGAUGAAUAAUCACUGCUAUUCGUUACGUCGGAACAUUAUUUUUGAGCAUAAGUUUUCGUACAUAUAUGUAUAUAAAUAUAUAUGUAAUCUAAUUAAUUUUCCGAAGAAUUUUUCAUCGAUAUUGAAUAUUAUUUUGACCACACACGUAGCCUUAAUUGCACGUAACUUCGUCUUUGUCCGAUAGAAUAUAUUUGAAGGUGAACUUCUUUAAUUGUAUCUCCUACAUAUUAAAAUAAUACUUUACAAAACUA